UUAUCCCACGAUACUUCCCCGCUUCUUCCGGCUCGUCGCUGUGACCCGAGAUCCUUUCCGCUGACAGGCUGCUGUCACACAGCCACCAUGUUAUCCCGUUCCCGGUGUCUCACCAAAAAUUUCGGGCGUUCCCUCUCCGCCAUCCGUCAGGGGAAUAAUGCGUUCGCUCGUCAGGCCACGGCAGCUCUAUCAGCUAGCCAUGUUAUAACUUUAAACAACAAUGUAAAAUCUGAUCCCCGGUCCAGCGUCUUCCAAAUCCAGUACUUUAGGACGACUGCAGCCUACAGAGAUGAACUUGUCACAGUAAGGACCCCGGCGUUUGCAGAAUCGGUCACAGAGGGGGACGUGAGGUGGGAGAAAGCUGUUGGAGACACCGUCUCUGAAGAUGAGGUGGUGUGUGAAAUCGAAACUGAUAAGACCUCAGUGCAGGUUCCCUCUCCCGUUGCCGGGGUGAUCGAGGAGCUUUUGGUCCCUGAUGGAGGGAAGGUUGAGAGCGGGACUGCGCUCUUUACGCUUCGGAAAGGAGCCGGUGCUCCCAAAGCCCCGAAAGCCGAGGCCCCGGCCGCUGCACCCUCUCCGCCACCUUCUGCUACUCCCGCUCCCCCCCCCUCAUCUGUGGGCCCCAUUCCCACCGCCAUGCCCCCUGUGCCACCUGUGCCAGCACAUGCUAUGGACACCAAACCAGUUUCAGCCAUCAAGCCCACUGCCGCUCCGGCUGCACCAGCGGCUCAAGCUCAGGGAGGGGCUAAAGGAGCCAGGACGGAGAGCAGGGUUAAGAUGAACCGCAUGAGGCUUAGAAUUGCCCAGAGACUGAAGGAAGCCCAGAACACCUGCGCCAUGUUGACGACGUUUAAUGAGGUCGAUAUGAGCAACAUCACAGAGAUGAGGAAGACUUACAAAGAUGCCUUCCUGAAAAAACACAACAUCAAGUUGGGCUUCAUGUCUGCGUUUGUGAAAGCUGCUGCCCACGCUCUCGCUGACCAACCUGCUGUCAAUGCUGUUAUUGAUGACACAACCAAAGAGAUUGUGUACAGGGACUACGUCGACAUCAGUGUUGCCGUGGCAACGCCAAAGGGUCUGGUGGUUCCUGUAAUCCGGAGCGUGGAUGGAAUGAAUUUUACUGAUAUCGAGAAGGCCAUCAAUUUGUUGGGAGAAAAGGCCCGUAAGAAUGAGCUGGCUGUUGAGGACAUGGACGGAGGAACUUUCACCAUCAGUAAUGGCGGCGUGUUUGGGUCCAUGUUCGGCACGCCUAUAAUCAAUCCACCGCAGUCUGCUAUUCUAGGCAUGCAUGGAAUCUUCGACAGGCCUGUAGCAGUUGGUGGCAAGGUGGAGAUCCGUCCCAUGAUGUACGUCGCCCUGACGUACGACCAUCGACUGAUCGAUGGAAGAGAGGCUGUGCUUUUCCUGCGCAAGAUCAAGUCUGUGGUGGAGGACCCCAGGGUGCUGCUCCUUGACAUGUAAAUGCUUGUUGCCCCUCUAGGCCCAAACAAACAAACCCUCCCACUCAAACGGUGUCUGUACCCCGGCUGAUGAACAUGUAACUGCAGUUGUUGUAUUGGUUAACUAGGAAAACAAGAUGAGUUGUGCGUCGGAGAUUUGUAAGGCUGGCAGGGAGAUAACUGGGUUGGUGCUGCUGUGGGAUGAUGUCGGGCUCUGGUUCUGGUCUGCAGAUCAAAAAUGAUAUUCUAUUACUCGUAUGCGCCAUGGUCAUUUUAUACAAUCUCAACUUAUUGUGAGAUGAAUGACCAUCAUGAAGAUAAACUACGCCAGAUCAUCUGAUAAUUUCGGUUGAGAAGAUCAAUGAAAACACGUCUGGCCUGAAACCAAGAAACACAAUGUUUUAAAAUGUCCAAAGUGAAAUCUUUCACAAAAAUAAGAAAUUCUCUUCAUGUUGUGUAAGAAAGAUUAUUUAACAAAAAAAGUUUUGAACAAUAAAAACUGCAAUACUC